AUGCACAGCUUCUGGUGCACAGAGGGUGCUUUCUGUCCCUUGGGGAGCAGUGCAGGCUGAGAGCAUGGGAGUCUCUUCCUGUGCAAGGAUCAGACUCCUUCCCCCCUGCAGGCUGGGCCAGGGAGCCUUUUGUGAGCAGCAUUCCCUCACUGAGCUUGGGCUUUGCUGCCUCUAGAUGGCAGCCCUUGCUCCUGACCUCCAUUGCCCAAUAUGCCCAGGUCAGCUGGAAAGCCCAAUGAAAUGCCUGCUUGUGUGUUAUCAUUUUACCACCCAUUCAGGCACUGACAGGCUUUUGCAGCCUGAACGUGUCAAAUGUUCAGAAGGGAUUGGGGAGUUUUAGUUGGCUCCCGAAGGUCCCGCAGCUCAGUGACAGUGAGGAGAGUGAUGACAACCAGGUUCUUGAAAAGCCUCCUUCUCCACUUGCUGCUCCAAGAUUUUUGCAAUCCAGCAGCCCAAAGUCAGGGAGCACCAGUGACUCUGAGAGCUCCUCAGGCUCUGAGAGCAGUGACUCUGAGAGCUCUUCAUCCUCAGACACCAGUGACUCAGAGAGCUCCUCAGGCUCAGAGACCCACCACACUGGGGGUGUCAAAAGGCCUGGCAAGCCCCUGGUGCACAACGGGGCCAAGAGGUGCCGGAAGGAGGACAGCAACCCUGAUCCAUUGGAGAUCAGAGCCCAGUCUUCCAGGGACAAACAAAGACAGAGUGAAGCUGGGCUCAACUUACAGGAAAGACCUGAAGCCGGCCCUCCAAGAGCCCCUUGAGAACAGAAAGGGCUCCCACCAGGCCAAAGUCAAACAGCCCUUGGCUCUCGGGGCGAAGAAGUUGCUCUCGCCAGUGAGAGACCCCAGAGCUCCUGAGCCUGUCCGGGUGAAAGAAGAGCUCCAGAAGAGAGCAGAGACCAAGGACCUCCCUCAUGCAAGGAAGCGGGACUUGAAGAGGAGAGCCAUGGACAGUCCUGAUGAGCCCAGUGGGAAGAAAAAGAGAGGAGAGAUAUGAAGAUGAAAGCUAGUCUUCAGUAAGCAAAGACUGCAAUAAAGUGAACACUCCUGAGUUUGCUUCUAACAUAAGAUGCCUUCUGAAACUUAAUCUGCUGGAGAUUUGCCUUUCCAUCCUGAAAGCAACCACUCCAGAAAACAGCUUUGUAGGUGUAUAUGGGUAAGGGUAGAGAGCAUUUCUCUUCUCCACUAAAAUCAUCUUGUUGCCUUUGUCUUUCUCCUAUGUGACCCACAGAAACACAACCAGUGUGUGCCUUUUGAGUCCUGACUGUCUGGCAUUUCAGGCAUCCUUGGUGCCGGGAAUUUCUGGUUUAUCCCAGUGUAGCAUUUGCAGUGCUUCUGGUAGAUGUGCUGAAGCUUCCCUGCCAGUUUGCACACCAGGGCACUGCCAGUAUUUUGGCCAGGUCUUUGCUAGAGUGAGUGCUUCCAAGAGUGUGUCUCCAAGUCAUUGGUGUUCCCGACAGGGGAGACUUGUGCAUCAGUCAUGGGCUACUGCAUUCCAUUCCUGCUUGCCUGUGGCUGGAAUCUGAGGUGUUGGCUUGGACUGGUGCUGAGGUUUGUGUCCUGACAACAGGAGGAAACAGCUUUUCUGCAGACAAAAUGCUGAGGUGCUCUGAAAGCAUGGAGACGUUGGGGCCAGCGUUUAGUUGGGGAAAGGAUAUUCCAGCUGCAGUAGCGAUGGAAGAUCUUUAGUUCUGGAGUUCACUCUUCCCUUUCUCUCAGUGAAAAUGAGCAGCUGCUUUAGUCAUGUUGUGGCUUUUGGAGUGGGAAGGACAGGAAGCGUUUUUGGGCUGGAUCAGGUCAGGGGUGGUUCUAUGCUCUGUGUAAAAUAGUCCUCAGCUGUGCCAAAGUAGAGAAGGUGGGGAGCAUGUGUGCAGUGAGUAGGGACCAUUCCCACUGGGAAAAGUGGGUAGUGAAAGAGGGGAGAGGACUGUCCGAUGCACAGCAGAAUCAGGCAAGAUGUG